CAAACAUUUGUUAAAUUUUUACGAUAAAACUAUUUUCAAUAAGUGUAUCCUUUUUUGUUAAUUAUGGAUGAUAUAGAUCGUCUUGAAAAAGAAAUAUUAGUUUUAAGACAAACUUUACAAAAUAAGGAGAAAGAACUAUUUGAAAUUAAGAAAAAGUUUUCGCCGUUACUACCGUCCAAAAUAGAAAAAGAGGUCAUUAAUCAGGAUGAAUGUGCUAAAAAUAAUGUCAAAAUCAGUAAUAAAUUACCGAGAUGGGCCAUUGAGAGGUACAGCCGUCAGAUCUUACUCCCUGAAAUAGGGGUGAGGGGUCAGGAGAAGUUGAUGGGUGCCAAGGUUUUGGUUGUCGGAGCUGGGGGCUUAGGGUGUCCUGCUGCUGUCUACCUCGCUGGCGCUGGUGUAGGAGAAAUAGGCAUAGUGGAUUAUGACCAAGUGGACGUGACGAACAUACACCGUCAGAUAUUGCACAGUGAGAGCGAUCAGAAUAUAAGCAAAGCUCUAUCGGCUGUUGAGAGCUUAAGAAGUAUCAACUCGAAUAUUAAAUUAACGCCCUACAAUAUAGAACUGAACCCAUCGAACGCUUUGGAGAUAUCAGCGAACUAUGACGUCAUACUUGACUGCACAGACAACGUGCCCACCAGGUACAUGCUGAAUGACGUCAGUGUUUUAAAUAAGAUGCCAUUAAUAUCGGGCAGUGCAUUAAAGAUGGAAGGACAGCUGACUAUAUACGGCUAUCGAGCGGAGACGAAUUUGAAUCAAGAUAAGAAAUACGAAGGGCCAUGCUAUAGAUGUGUGUUCCCGACGCCACCGCCACCAGAAGCGGUGGGGAGCUGUUCCGCCAAUGGCGUCGCUGGACCCAUACCUGGGGUGAUCGGUACACUACAAGCUCUCGAAGCUAUAAAAUUAAUAAUUGGACAGACACGAGACAAUCUAUUGGUAGGUAAGAUGCUGCUGUUCGAUGGCGAUGACAUGAGUUUCCGUAAUGUAAAACUUCGUCCGAAAAAUCCAAAAUGCGAGAUAUGCUCUGACAAUCCAAAAAUUACAGCUUUAUUAAACUACGAGGCGGUUUGUCGAAUGCUAUCUAAGGAGAAGGACCUAGAUUUAAACAUUCUACCAUCAGAGAACAGAAUAACAGCGGUACGAUUAGCUGAAGCGCUUAAAGCGACGAACGGACACUUACUAGUGGACGUGAGGAGUGAGCCCGAAUUCGAAAUGUGCAAUAUAGAUGGCGCUGUUAACUAUCCAUUGGAAAAGUUGCAUGGAAAUCAUUUUGAUUUACUUUUAAAUGAGAUAAAGGGCUCUUGUUGUCAAGUUACGUUUAUAUGUAGACGGGGGAAUGACUCACAAAUCGCAGCUAAGAAAGUUCUAGAUGUUAUAGAAGAUGAAUAUAAAGAGAAAAUAAGAGACCUGACUGGCGGCUUGCACGCCUGGUCGAAGUAUGUCGAUGGGGCAUUCCCUAUAUACUAGUGUUGCCA